AUGACUCAGGACAGCUCAUCGGCCAGCACAAGACCUCAGGCCAAACCUCCUCACCCCCGCGUCAUCAUCAAUGUCGGCUGUAAAAACAACUCCAUAGAGGAAGUGGCUCGAGGCCUCCGCCUCGCCUCCUCGCCCGACGCCUACCGCGACCUCGUGCGCAGGGCACUCUUCACCGCAGUGUACCACGGCUCCGCCCCCGUGACGGAAUACCUCAUCACUCAAGAAAACGCGCCCCUGCACACCCUCAGCCCGCUCACAGUCGCCACCUCGCCCUCGACGGAGCUUUUUUCCGUCCUCGUCUCCCACGGCUGGGACAUCAACCAGCGGCGCGCGGAUCACGGCGCGGGCCGCGGUCAACGCCUUCUCGACCUCAUUUGCAGCGACGAAGCGUUGGUGCGCUGGUGUCUGGAGCACGGGGCCUCGGUGGAAGACGACCCGGACGCUGACUGGUAUACGGCUCCGCCGCUGCUGGAGACCGCUGCUGCGGUGGGGACGCUGAGUACUUUUAAACUGCUGCGUGAGCGGGGCGCACAGCUGGGGAGGAGGACACUGCACAAGGCUGUUUCGGGCGCGGCACACAGUAAGGAUUCGAUGGAGAUCGUGAAAUAUCUCGUCGAUGAGCUAGGGAUGGAUGUCAACCAGAUGGAUACGGACGGCAAGUUGCCGGAUCACUGGGGGCCGCCGCUUUGCUAUGCGGCAAAGUGGAGGGAUGGAGGAGAGGAGGUGGUACGAUUCUUGCUCGAGAGAGGAGCAGAUCCGACUAUCAAGGACUGCUGCGGGAAUCAUGACGCUUUCAGUCUAGCCGAGUUUACUAAAAAUGAAGGGGUGAUGAAGGUGCUGAGAGAGUGGAGGGAGCAGAGGGAGCAGAAGGAGCAGAAACAGGGAGGAUAG